AUGCCUAAAGGCAAAAAGCCCGAGAAAUCGACACCACCGUCACGCACCCCUCAACCAGCCGUACCCAACUGGCCACCUUUGCGCCCGCUCCUCCCCGCCGCCGACCUCACCCUCACGCCGCUCGUCGCGGACCAGAUCUGCCUGAUCCGAAACUUCCUGCCGUCCUCCCUCUGCAAGACCUACGCCUCUUUCCUGGCCUCGCUUCCCCUCACGACCACACCGGGGAAACCGAAGAAAGAUGAGGCAGUGCGCGUAAAUGAUCGGUUUCAGGUGGAGGAUGCACGAUUUGCGGAGAUGGUGUGGAGCGGGACGGCAUUGAAGGAGCUGGUGACGACCCGGUUUGACGAGGAAGAUGCGUAUAAUGAAUAUAAUGAGGAGGGGGAGGGACCUUCGGCGGAAGAGCUGGCACAGAAAUGUCGACAGCUCUGGGGCGGGGAGCCACUGGGGUUAAAUCCCAAUAUUCGGAUCUAUCGAUAUUCGGCCGGUCAAUUCUUUGCACAACACUAUGACGAAUCUAAUUCCCUUACGUUCGUUCCAUCCUCAUCUACUAAAUCCGUGCCGGCACGGACGACGUGGACGCUUCUGAUCUAUUUGACCACCUGCUCCGGCGGAGAGACCGUCUUCUACCCCGAGCCUACACGGAAAAAUCCGAAUCCUGAACCAAUCUCAGUGGCGCCAGAGACUGGAUUGGCGUUGUUGCAUCGGCAUGGAGACCACUGCAUGUUGCAUGAAGGGAUGGAGGUGACGAGUGGGGAGAAGUGGGUGUUGCGAAGUGACUUGGUUGUUGGGCGGUGA